AUGUCCAUUGAAAUUGAAUCUGCUGAUGUAAUAAGGCUUAUUCAGCAAUACUUAAAGGAGUCCAAUUUAUUAAAAACGCUACAGACACUACAGGAGGAAACCGGCGUUUCACUCAAUACUGUGGACAGUGUGGAUGGCUUUGUGCAGGACAUUUCGAAUGGACAUUGGGAUACUGUGCUGAAAGUAACGCAGUCCCUAAAGCUACCGGAUAAAAAACUACUCAAUCUCUAUGAGCAAAUCGUGCUAGAGUUAAUUGAGCUGCGUGAACUGGGUGCUGCGCGCUCCUUGCUGCGCCAAACAGAUCCCAUGAGUAUGCUUAAGCAGCACGAACCCGAACGCUAUAUACAUUUAGAAAAUAUGUUGCAACGCGCUUACUUUGAUCCUCGCGAGGCCUACGCGGAGGGAAGCAGCAAAGAAAAGCGUCGCACAGCUAUUGCACAGGAGCUGAGUGGUGAAGUGCAUGUUGUGCCCUCCUCGAGGCUGCUGGCACUGUUAGGACAGGCGCUAAAAUGGCAACAGCAUCAAGGUCUUCUUCCACCCGGCACUACCAUUGAUUUGUUCCGUGGCAAAGCUGCCAUGAGGGACCAGGAGGAAGAAAUGUACCCCACGCAGCUGUUCCGUCAAAUUAAGUUUGGCGAAAAGUCACAUGUAGAGUGUGCGCAGUUCUCGCCCGAUGGGCAGUAUCUUAUAACUGGCAGCGUGGAUGGUUUUCUAGAAGUUUGGAACUUUACAACUGGUAAAGUUCGUAAGGAUUUGAAAUAUCAGGCCCAAGACCAAUUUAUGAUGAUGGAGCAAGCAGUGCUGGCCUUAUCUUUCUCACGUGAUUCGGAAAUGGUGGCAUCAGGUGCACAGGAUGGACAGAUAAAAGUGUGGCGCAUCGUCACUGGGCAGUGUUUACGUAAAUUUGAGAAAGCACACACCAAGGGCAUUACAUGUUUGCAGUUCUCCCGCGACAACAGUCAAGUACUCAGCGCUUCCUUUGAUUACACUGUGCGUUUACAUGGCCUCAAGUCAGGCAAAAUGCUUAAGGAGUUUAAGGGACACUCGUCGUUUGUAAACGAGACUACCUUCACGCCAGAUGGCCACAGUGUGCUUAGUGCAUCCUCCGAUGGAACAGUCAAGGUCUGGUCACUUAAGACCACCGAGUGUACAGCUACAUACAAGCCUUUGGGCAACGAGCUCGCCGUCAACACUGUCCUUAUACUGCCCAAAAAUCCGGAGCAUUUUAUCGUUUGCAAUAGAUCCAAUACCGUAGUCAUAAUGAAUAUGCAGGGUCAGAUUGUGCGCUCAUUCUCAUCGGGUAAGCGCGAGGGCGGUGCCUUCAUCUCAGCCACACUCUCACCGCGCGGCGAAUUCAUCUAUUGUGCUGGUGAAGAUCAAGUGCUCUAUUGUUUCUCGGUUUCCUCAGGCAAGCUGGAGCGUACUUUGAAUGUGCAUGAAAAGGACGUUAUUGGCCUAACGCAUCAUCCUCAUCAGAAUUUACUGGCCAGCUAUAGCGAAGAUGGUCUGCUCAAGUUGUGGAAACCUUAAGUUGUAUAAGCUUGCUCUUAGUUUUAGUUUUUAGUUUACUUUUCAAAAUAAAGCUUAUACUUGACCCAACAUUACUUAAGAUUUUCUCAUG